UCGAGGAAAACUAUGUGAUAUGGGAGGACGUGGGCGGGAAUGACACAAUCAAGCCUGUUGCGUUUCUUGUUGGGGACCAGGAAUAGCCUUGGCUUCUAAGCCAUUGUAAGCAGCCUUCCCCGGGAUCCUCCAGAAAAGUUGGAGGUUGUUAAGGGAAGAACUUAACCUGCAAGUCAGGGCUGGAAGCUGCAUUUUGGAAUGGGAUUUGGAGUUAUCAUAAUGGAAGCAAAAUACAUGAAGGAGAAAUAGUUACCUUUUUACUAGGACAUUACACCUGACUACUUGUUGCAAAUAGUCUUCCUACCUAAGAAAAUUUGUGACAUAAAUGAAAAAAUACCUUUUUAAAAAAAGACUUAUUGUUUGUGUGCUACUGAGACCCAUGACCUACUGGUUGAAGCUCUAGUUACAGAAGCAUGGAGAAGACUGGAAAGGUUUGAUAUUAAUAUGCUAUCAAAAUUUUCCUUUUGCCUAGCAAAUCAACAUUUAUAUUUCAGUCCAUUAAUGGGAAAAAUAGCUGAUAUUGUACACAGGAAACUGGAAACCAUAGAGGACUUAAGGUCCUUGUCUGUAUUGAUGGUCAACAUAUCUUCUUUAAUAUCACAACGUUUUCAAGACCAAUUAGUGAACAAAACAGAACAUCUUUUUGAUACCAUAGAUUCUUCCCAGGUCAACGUUGCAAGAAGAAUAGUAAAAUUUCUUCGAAAUAUUAAAUAUAGUUAUUACCCACUAUUAGAAAGGUGUAAUACGGUAUUUUUAAGCAAUAUGAACCACCUUGAUUUGGACUCCAUCAGUAAAAUACUUAGUCUAUACCACUCUCUACAGUUUCAUAGUUUUGAAUUUAUUAAAAUGGCUAAAAAGAGGCUAACUGAAAUGAUUUCUCUGUUCAAUCACCCUCAUAGCUUUGUAAAACUGUUUGUAGCAUUGGGACCCAUGGCAGGACCUGAAGAAAAGGAACAACUUAAAUCAACUAUAUUAUUAAUGUCAGAGGAGCUUACCAGCCAGCAAGCCUUGGCAGUGAUGGGAGCAAUGGAAGAGAUGGAAAGCAGAAAUUCACAUCUGAAUAAAAAAAUUGCUUCAAUUCUGCAUAAACAUUUGGAUAACUAUAAACCAAUAGAGUUAUUGAAGAUAACUCGAGCACUGGUUUUUCUCCAUUUUCAAAAUAAAGAGCUUUUUGUGAAACUCAGAGAAUUACUGCAUAGUUAUUUGAAAAUUAGUGUUAUACCUAGUGAGAUUUCCAUCCUGGUCUAUGCCCUUUCCAUUCUUCCAUCUCCUUACCUAGAUGAAGUGGAGAUAUCUCGAAUCGAAGCAGUUUUACCACAAUGUGACCUGACUGACCUGAAUAGUUUCGCCACAUCUGUUUUAAGAUGGAUUCAUUAUGAUCGCACAUAUCUGGAUAAUACUACUGGGAAACAGCUGAAACUACUUCAAAAACUAGAUCACUAUGGUCUUCAGAGACUACAGAAAUGCACCAAUUUGAAUCUGUUAUGGGAAGAACUUAAAUCUUUAAAAGGAGACUGGUUUGCUGAGUCACUUCUUGAAGAAACAGUUGCUACUUUACACCGUUUGAUGGAUGAAAUUAAUUACAAAAAUGUGGCUGAGAUUGCAUCUUUUCUUUCUAGAACUAACUACCUCAGUACUUUGCUACUUGAUAGGAUAGCUUCGGUGGUCCUUCAGCAGACUGAAAAGAUCCACCCUUUUGCGAUCCUUCCUAUUAUUCUUCCAUUUAGCAUCUUGAACUAUGAUCCACCUCAAAGUGAUGAAUUUUUUGGAAUUUGCGUUCAACACCUUAAUUCUUACUUAAGUGUACUGGAUCCUCUCAUGUUAGUGUUUCUUGGUUUCUCUUUGGCCACACUUGAAUAUUUUCCAGAAGAUCUGCUGCAGGCUAUUUUUAACAUUAAAUUCUUAGCCAAAAUGGAUUCUCAACUUGAACUUUUAUGUUCAUCUUUAAGUAUGAGGGUCCAAUUACGUCUUAUGGAGUUAAAUAGAGCUGUCUGCUUGGAGUGCCCUGAGUAUCAGAUUCCAUGGUUUCAUGACCGCUUCUGCCAACAACAGUAUAAUAAAGAUACUGGCAGCGUGAAUGGAGCACAACAGCAGAUUUAUAAAAUGUUAGCAGAGGUAUUAGGAGGAGUCAAUUAUGUAAAAGCUUCGGUUCUUACACCUUAUUACCAUAAAAUAGAUUUUGAGUGUAUCUUGGAUAAAAGAAAAAAACCUCUUCCAUAUGGAAGCAAUAAUAUAGCUUUGGGAAAACUACCAGAAAUGCACUGGGAAUCAAAUACCCAAAUAACUGGAUCAACACUGCCACCAGGAGCUGAAAGGAUUGCUUUGGAAUUUUUGGAUUCAAGAGCUUUUUGUAGAAACAUCCCUCAUUUAAAGGGGAAAUCUGCUAUGAAAAAACGACAUUUGGAAAUUUUGGGGUAUCGUGUAAUUCAGAUCCCUCAUUUUGAAUGGAACUCUAUGGCACUGUCAACAAAGGAAGCUCGGAUGGACUACCUGAGAGAAUGUAUAUUUGGAGAAGGCAAAUCAUGACUGUAGUUUUAAAUUAAAAUUCGUGAUGCUGGUGUGUCA